CUCCACGCGGCAGACCGUUUGCCAUGGCCAGGUCAUGUGCGCUCAUCACGUACAAUAUCAUGCGGUUCUUUGUGGUCGUCGCUCUCAUAUUUGUGGCGGUGGCCACAGUCCUCAUUCUCAUUGACUCAUUUGCAGUCAACAAGGCUGACGACGUGGCGCGCAUUGUGCUCCGCAUAUACACGCUACUCUUCUGUGCGCUGCACAUGUACGGCGAGUUCGACCCGGAGCCGCUCUACGUCUACCUCGCCUUUCUCCGCGGCUGGCUCGGGCGCGGGCUAUCGCUCAUUUUCCUCGCCGUCCUCACACUCGCCGCCUGCUCGGACAAGAUCUCGGAUACCAUCGACCUCAUCCGCCAGAUUGCCGGCUGGACCCUCAUGGGCUUUGGCACCAUCUACUUUCUGCUCGGGACGUGCUGCAUGGAGGAUGCGCGUCGCCGCAAGAUCGAGCAGCUCAACUUGACCAACGCCACCGAGCGGGCGCUGGUCGGCCAGGCUAAGCGUGAUGCCAAGAAUACUACCGUGGUCCUGGAGGAUCCCAACGCGGAUGCCAACCAGCGCAACGCAGUGUAGCGCCGCUCGCCCGCACAACCGGCAUUCUCUGCCUAGAAGUCAGCAAACACACUCACACACUCACAUA